CCUAAAACCCUAGCAAAUACGCCGAGACAGAGAGAGUCGGCAUCUCUGCAAAACCCUUGCAUUUCCGCUUCUCUUCUCUUCAUGGAUGCCCCAGAGAUGCCGCAGCUUAUCGGCGAUAUGGAACACGACAAUCGCUCCGACGAUGACUUCUGCAACUCGAUCCUCUCACGGUUUUCUAACUCCACAGACCCCCAACACCACCACCUGUGUUCCAUGAUUGGCGAUAUAUCUCAAGGUCUCAAAGACCUCAACCACCCUCUUACCCCCCUUGCCUAUUUCGGCGCCACCUGUACUUCUCUCGAUAAGCUCUCAUCUUCCGACCCCAACCCGCCGUCUCACCACAUUGAUGCUCUCAUCAGUAUCAUCUCCAUGGUCCUACCCCGUAUUAAUUCUGCUGUUCUCAGGAAGGAGUCCGACUACGUUUCCGGUCUAAUCUCCCGUCUUAUUCUAUCCAAUGGUGUUACCGAUAGCGUCGUGGCUUCUGGCUUAAAGUGCAUCUCCCAUUUGUUAAUCGUUGGUCAUAGGAUGAGCUGGUCUGACGUUUCUCAUUUAUUUGGAGUUCUUCUUGGAUUUAUUGCAGAUUCGCGUCCCAAGGUAAGAAGGCAAUCACAUAUCUGUCUCCGUGAUGUAAUGCAAGGCUUCAGGGAAACACCAGUGUUGUCACCUGCUAGUGAAGCCAUUGCAAGCACCUUUGAGAGGUUUCUUCUACUUGCUGGAGGAUCAAAUACCAACACCUCAGAAGGUUCUAGAGCUCAAGAGGUCCUAUAUAUUCUUGAUGCUCUGAAAGAUACUCUUCCCCUUAUGUCUGUCAAGUUCUCAACAAAGAUUCUGAACUACUUCAAAUCUCUUCUAGCACUACACCAAUCUGCAGCUACACGUCGAAUUACAGAUGCUUUGUAUUUACUUUGCCUCCAACCAACUGUAGAGGUCUCUCCUGAAGUACUGAUGGAUUUGUUAUGCUCAUUAGCUGUCUCAGUCUCUUCAAAUGAGAUGUCUGGUGAUAACUUGACAUUCACUGCACGACUGUUGGAUUCAGGGAUGAAGAAAGCUUUUUCUCUUAACAGACAGACUUGUGUUAUCAAGCUUCCAGUUGUGUUCAGUGCAUUCAGAGAUAUUUUAGCUUCUGAGCAUGAGGAGCCUUUGGUUGUUGCUAUGGAGGCACUCAAGAGCUUAAUACAUACAUGCAUUGAUGAUAGCUUAAUCAAGCAGGGUGUAGAUCAGAUUAAGACAAGUGGGAGAAAAUCUGGGCCCACCAUAAUUGAGAAACUCUGUGCGACAGUUGAGAGUUUACUUGAUUAUAGCUAUGCUGCAGUCUGGGACAUGUCAUUUCAAGUUGUGGCUGCAAUGUUUGAUAAACUAGGUGAAUUCAGCUCUUACUUCUUAAAGGCCACUCUUAAGAGCUUGGAAGACAUACAAAAGUUGCGUGAUGAAGAUCUUCCUUACAGGAAACAGUUGCAUGAUUGCAUGGGAAUGGCUGUAAUUGCAUUAGGGCCUGAAACCUUCUUAAGAUUUCUACCUCUAAAUCUAGAAGCUGAAGACAUCUCUAAUGCCAAUGUUUGGCUUUUCCCUAUCUUGAAGCAAAACAUUGUGGGUGCCCGUUUAAGUUUUUUCAGUGAAUCUUUGCUCGAUACAAUUCGAAUAUUGAAGCUGAAAUCUGCAAAGCAUGAGCAAGAAGGGCGAAUUCAUUCUGCUAGAAGCAUUGAUGGAGUUAUAUAUUCUUUGUGGUCUUUAUUGCCUUCAUUUUGCAACUACCCUCUUGAUACUGCUGAAAGUUUCAGUGAUUUAGAAAAAGCAUUAUGCCAUUCUCUUCGUCAAGAACCUGAUUUUCGUGGAGUAGUAUGCUCCAGUUUACAGACUCUCAUUCGACAAAAUAAAAGAAUAGUGGAUGGGGAAAGUCAAAGUCAACCCUCUGAUAACAAAGUCAGUGUAUGUGAACAACGUGCAGUUUCCCGCUACACUUUAGAAGUUGCAACUUGUAAUUUGGAUGUGUUAAGGUCCUCUGCACGUGAUAUUUUGUCUACACUAUCUGGAAUUUUCAUGAAAUCUGAUAAAGAUGAUGGUGGAUCUUUACAGAAAACAAUUGGUGACUUUGCAUCUAUAGCUGAGAAAGGUGUAGUCUCAAGGUUUUUCAAGACCACAAUGCAGAAACUAUUGAAGGUCACAGAAGAGGCUGGAAAAGCACAAAAUACAAAAAAUUCUACUUCUAUGGAAGUAGACCAAUCAUCGAAUGAAAAUUCUUUGUCACAAACAAGGGUACAAUUAUAUGACCUGGCAGUUGCACUUUUACCUGGGUUAGGUGUAAAAGAAGUUGACCUGUUAUUUGUUGCAAUAGAACCUGCAUUGAAGGACACUGAUAGUUCAAUUCAAAAGAAGGCUUACAAAGUUCUUUCAACAAUCCUUGAGCAUGCUGAUGGUUUCAUUGCAAGAAAGCUUGAAGAUUUACUCAAACUGAUGUUUGAAGUGAUGCAUUCAUGCCAUUUUUCAGCCAAAAGACACAGACUUGACUGUUUAUAUUUCAUAAUUGUCCAUGUCUCAAAGGAUGAAUCAGAACAGAUGAAGCGUGAAAUUGUUGCUUCUUUUUUGACAGAAAUUGUACUUGGACUCAAAGAGGCUAACAAGAAAACAAGAAAUAGGGCAUAUGAUAUUAUUGUCCAAAUUGGUCAUGCGUGUGUGGAUGAAGAUAAGGGUGGAAACAAGGAGAAUUUGUAUAGCUUUUUCAAUAUGGUGGCUGGUGGCUUAGCUGGCGAGACACCUCACAUGAUAAGUGCAGCGGUCAAAGGCAUAGCUCGUUUGACUUAUGAGUUUACUGAUCUUGUAUCCACUGCUUUCAGUGUUCUUCCAUCCGCUUUUCUCCUUCUUCAAAGAAAAAACAGAGAGAUAAUUAAAGCGAAUUUAGGUUUGAUAAAGGUAUUAGUUGCAAAAUCACAAGCUGAAGGGUUGCAAAUGCAUAUGAAGGGCAUGGUGGAGGCUCUGCUGAGCUGGCAGAGUACGAACAAGAGUCAUUUUAAGGCAAAGGUGAAGCUGCUGCUUGAAAUGCUUGUGAAGAAAUGUGGGAUUGAUGCUGUUAAGGAAGUUAUGCCCGAAGAACAUAUGAAGCUGCUUACUAAUAUUAGAAAGACAAAGGAACGGAAUGAGCGAAAAUAUGCUGCUAACACUGAGGAAACCAAAUCUCGUAUGUCAAAAGCAACCACCUCCAGGAUGAGCAGGUGGAAUCAUACAAAAAUAUUCUCUGAUGAUGAAACUGAGGAUGGGAAUUCAGAUGACAUGCAUCAUACACAUGCGGUUUCUGGUCGACGCAGCUUGGUCAACUCCAAGAAUCCUUCAAUCCGGUCCAAGAGAGCAGGGAAGAGGCUACCAGAAGACGAUUUCGACAGAUUAGAGGAUGAGCCGCUGGACUUAAUGGACCGUGAAAAGACGAGAUUGUCCCUGAGAUCAUCUCAGAGUUUAAAGCGGAAAUUACAGUCGGAGGAUGAGCCAGAGAUAGAUGAUGAUGGACGGCUGAUAAUACGCGAAGAAGAGACGAAACGCGAGGUGGCGGAGGAGUAUGAUGCGAGGAGUGAGGUGUCGGGAGGUAAUAAGUCACGGAAAGGAGGAGAGAAGAGGAGGAAAGUGGAGAGUGGGUGGGCGUAUACGGGUGGGGAAUAUAAGAGUAAAAAGGCAGGUGGGGAUUUGAAGAGGAAAGGGAAGUUGGAGCCCUAUGCUUAUUGGCCGUUGGAUCGCAAGAUGGUCAGCAGGAGACCCGAGCAGCGGGCAGCUGCCCGGAAAGGGAUGUCAAGUGUUGUGAAAAUGUCCAAGAUGAUGGAAGGCCAGAGUGUGUCCAAUGCCUUGAAAAUGAAGGCCUUCAAGUUGAAGAAGAAAGGGAAUGGGAAAGGGAAAAAAAGACAGCUUAAUUAAUUUAUUUUCAAGGCUAGACGAUGUGCUGUUUUUUGAGUGUAUACAAAAAUAUUUAUUCU